GGAUCCAAGGUGAACGCUGUUGACUUGCCAUGUGGACAAAAAUGGCGGCUCUUUCAAACUUCAGAAGGGUAUUGAUUACCGAUAAAAUUGAUCAAUCCUGUAAAGCCAUUUUGGAGAAAAAUGGAGUGGAGGUUACCCUGAAGCCAGGAAUGCCAAAAGAUGAAAUUCUACAAGUUGUUAAGGAUUAUGACUGCCUGAUAGUCAGAUCAGCUACCAAAGUUACAGAGGAUCUCAUUGAGGCUGGAAAGAAUUUGAAAAUCAUUGGUAGAGCAGGGACAGGAGUUGAUAAUAUAGAUGUUAAUGCUGCCACAAAAAGAGGAAUAUUUGUUAUGAACACACCAGGUGGAAACACGUUGAGUGCUGCAGAACAUACAUGUGCAUUGAUUGCUGCGAUGGCAAGGAAUAUUGGACAAGGCUAUGCCACAAUGCGAGAAGGCAAAUGGGAACGAUCAAAGCUUAUGGGUUGUGAGCUGAAUGGUAAAACGCUGGCCAUUAUAGGCCUUGGAAGGAUUGGAAGAGAGGUUGCAACAAGAAUGAGUUCUUUUGGAAUGAAGAUAAUAGGCUUUGAUCCCAUCGUCACACCAGAAGAAGCUGCAUCGUUUGGCAUAGGCUAUCAUUCAUUGGAACAGAUUUGGCCUAUUGCUGAUUUCAUCACAGUUCACACUCCGUUGCUGCCACAUCUGCGAGGUUUGCUUUCUCAAAAGACCUUUAAUCUUUGCAAAGAUGGAGUCAGAGUUAUAAACGUUGCCCGUGGUGGAUUGAUUGACGAAGGAGACUUAAUAGAGGCGUUAGACUCGGGCAAAGUCGCCGGUGCUGCCCUAGAUGUUUUUGUUUCAGAGCCUCCUUCUGGAAUCAGUGCAAAGCUUGUUAUGCACCCCAAAGUUGUCUGCACCCCUCAUUUGGGGGCAAGUACCGUAGAAGCACAGAAGAGGGUUGCCAUGGAGAUUGCCCAGCAGAUAGUCGAUGCUAUGAAUGGGAAGCCAAUCAUUGGUUUGGUCAACGCACCUUUUUUGAUGAAUAUGGGAAAAUCGGAUUACAAAUGCUGGAUGGAACUUGGGAGAAAAAUGGCAACAUUACUGCGAUGUCUUGUGAAGGGGUGCACCAAACUUGAAAUUGAAGUGACUGGCAAAAAUAUGGGAGAUACUAAGGGACUUAUAAAUGCGGGUGUUGCGUUUGGAUAUCUGCAAAAAGUUAAUCAGGAUUCUAACUUGAUAAACGCAAUGGAAAUUCUGAAGCAGGAGGGAAUAGAGCUAACAUGGGUGCAGUCAGAAGGCAUUCAGCCGCAAGUUAGUUUAACAGCUACAACCAAAGAGAAUACCAAAGUGGCCAUGAGCGGUUCCAUUGCUGGAGAUAGCUUGCUUCUCACCCGUGUAGAUGGUGAGCCCUUGUCCGGUCCUGUUACCUUGUCACAGAGAGUUUUUGUCUAUAAUGCUUCUUCCAAAAGCAAUUUUUUCAAGCUUGUUGCAGAUAAUGCCAUAAAAAUUGAGUCUUUUGUCAUGACAAAAACUGGAAAUAAAGUUUUCGGUACUGUUGCUGAUGAUCAAGACGAGAAAAUAAACGAAGGGUUUAUUUUUUGUAAUUUUUGAUUUAGAAUUUAACAUUCAUGGGCAUCAAAAUGUUUCUAAUUGAA